UUCUACAAAUUAUCGCUACCGACGAGGCCGCGAGCUUUGCAUACGUAUGCGCAGUUGCGAUUCGAUUGUGCAAGCAUAAAAACCACUCGCUGGUGUUUUGCUUAUUUACACUCAUGGAUACACCUACAUUAGUUUCACUCACUGCUGAUUUAGUAACUCGCCUUGCUUUUUGUGCAGUGGGGCAACCUGUGUUCUCAGCAUGCAUAGAACCAGCAGCUAAAUAGAUCACUUCCUCCAUUUGCAGGUAAAUCACUCCCAGGCAAUUUCCACUCAGCCACUCGAGCCAUGGCUUCUUGUCAAGCAGGAUGGAAUGGUCAAAGCUGCACACUGCACGUGUAUGGCGGGUCUCGGCGAAGCCUGCUCACACAUUGGUGCACUGCUCUUCUAUUUAGAAGCAGCUUCAAACUUUCGUGAUGGUCAGGCUUGCACUGAUAAGGAAAAUGCAUGGCUGCCUCCAUACUCAAGUACUGUGCCUUGUGCGCCACUUGCACACAUCGACUUUGCGUCAGCUACCACCAAGAAAAGGCGGCUAGAUGGACAUCGAUCAUCAUCCUCAAAGAAACCAGCCACCACUAUUGAGAGGCCUUCACAGUGCGAAUGGAAGGGCUUUCUCGACAGAAUUAAGAAGGCUGGCAAAUAUUCUGCAGUGUUGGCACUGAAAAAGGACUAUUGCGAGGAGUUCAUUCCUGUGCAAGUGAAGCACUCCACUGCUCUUCUCGGACACUUGGCAAGAGACAAGCCAUUGUCAAGGGAUGCGAUGCUGGAGGAGUGCGAAAUGUUUGCCCAGGCGUAUGUUGUAGAGCCAAAGGUCUGUAAAGAUGUGGAAGCGGCAACGAGAGGUCAGUCGGCCUCACCAACAUGGUUCGCCUUCAGAGCAGGCCGGGUCACAGCAUCGACAGCCCACGCAGCUUGCCGAACGACCUUGACUCAGCCAUCUGUGAGCCUGGUUAAGAAGAUCUGCUACCCGGAGGAGAGCAAGUUUUCUUCUCCUGCAACUAAUUGGGGUCUGCGCAAGGAGGACAUUGCCAGGAACCAAUACGUUGCUGAAGCAUCCAGCCAGCACAAAGAUGUGCCAACUUGA